AGUCGCGGGAAACAGCUAGUUAUUCAUAAAACUACAAGACGGACGUUGAAUGAAAAUGUCAUCAUCAAAAUUAUCUAAUUUCAAAAACGUAUGCCGAUUGCGUAAACCAUUAAAAUAUGUUUUAUUCUAGUACUCGUAAUAAAAAUAAUAUAAAAUCAAUUUUAUAACUGCACCAAUUUCAUGUAACGGUGAAUUGGUUUCUUUCAAAUAUGCUGAAUAGAAUGAGAAAAUGGUGCUUGGUUUUAAAAAUAUGUGUAUUUUUUACUUUUGUCACCGAAAUUGCUGGAAACAGUCGGAAAUAUGACGUCGAAAAUGAAGCAAUGAAAUUGUAUAGCGAAGAUUUUAAAUCCGUUUUGAGGCGAUUCAGGAGAACUCCAGACUAUCUGAAAAUAUUGUCUGAUAAGAUGGAUGACAUGAUGAUAUAUUACGAGGAAAUGAGCCUUCAGGUCUUGCACUACUAUCACACGAAAAUGGUCCAAAGAAUUGCAGACUUGGUUGGGGUUGCCCGGACUAAUGCCGAGGAACCCACCGGGCCAACCACCGUCCGUGUGUAAGUUUGACCAAAAUUAAAAUUCUUUUUUAAUGCUCGUUCAACAUUCUUAA